UAUUUUACUGUUUUCGCGGGACAGAGAGAACCUGUCAUGGGAAGCGGUGGCCGCGGGCUGGUGGGCAGAUGGCACUGCUUACACAAGCAGUAUCGAGUACUGAACAUGUCUCUGUUUUGAUGCAAUUAGUGUUUCACGGUUGCAGAAAACCUGGAUACUUCAUUCCUUCUCUCUAUCAAGGAGCAUUGGCCUACAAUGGCUUCCCUGACUCUAUUCCUAUUCGAUCGGUAAUCUACGAAAUUUGGAGUAUCUAAGAAUCUCUUAAGCAAUGUGCUGUUGGAUGACAAUGUGGCGGCAGAUUUAAGUGACUUUGGCAUUGCCAAGCUCCUAGGGGAAGAACAAUCCACGACGCUGAUACAAACCCUCGCCACACUGCACCAGAUUGUUUCUGAUUCAUCACGUUAAUUAGUUGAAUUUUGAGCUUCUCUUUCUAAUUCCUUUUUCGUUGCAUGAUAAAGAGAAGGAGAAGUUGACGUUUACAGCUAUGGAAUUCUGCUGAUGGAAACAUUUUUUACAAGGAAGAAGAAGGCGACGGAUUAAAUAUUUGCAAGGGACUUGAAGCAAUUGGUUGCGUGACUCAAUAAAAAGGCGAUCAAGAAAGACCGAACGGCAUUUCCAUUCUCCUAUAAUAAGGACAUGGAGAAAGGAGAAUUUGUUUCGUCCCACAAACGGUGCUGACGAUGAUGAUAUUGGAACAUUCUAUGGCUUCUUGUAAUGGCGGAGUUUUCAAAGAUUCGGCUUUUAUCGUCUUUUCUGUUUGUUUGUUUCACGGAAUAUGUCGUUUCAUCAUCUGGCCUUCAAAACCAUUACCACUAGUACUACCAGAUCAGUUAUUGCUCUCUGUUCUUCGGUUUUGCCUCCAUCAUGAGGUCUCCCCAAGCAAUUACUCAGGAACCAUAUAUUCGUAAUCGAGAGAGUCCGUACUUUGACGGUCUUUUAAGGGACGAUGGUAACUUCAGAGAUCGGGCUACUACAUUGGGAUCACAAGGGCAUGCCUCUGUCCGGAACAUCUCUCGAUCUGCAUCUGAUAUGAGUGUCAUAAUACAUAAAAAUCCUGCUUCAGAAGUAUCUGAAAAUGACACUGGCUCAUUAUUGGAAGAUUCGGUCUCUGAUAUUGUUAUUGAAACUUUUGGGAUGUCUCCAUUGAGGCCUUGGUCUAAGAUAGUGAAAUCAAACUCCUUUGCAGUUCCAAAUGUCAAGUUAAAUUUGAGCUUUGACUUGGAUGAGAUGAGUGAUUCAACAAAGGGCUUCAGUCCAAGGAGCUUUAAGGUAACUGCAGAGAAAACUACUCUAACUGGCACUGUAAGGCCCUUCAUUGAAAAAUCAUAUAGCGUGAAUAAAAGGAAGGCAACUCUGUCAAAGAUUCCACUCCCUCAGUCUGCAGCAUCAUUUUAUGACGGGCACUCGCUAGAAAUGGAAAUUGUGGAAUCAUCUGAAAGCAUAAGAAGGCUGAAUUCAUAUUUGAAGGCCAGAAGGGAUGAUGUUAAUUCUGGUGUCCCGGGAAGGUUCUUACAUGCAGUGAUUGGACAAGACAUUGCAGAUGUCGGAUCUGUUGCUUCAGUCAUCAUGUACGCCUUCUACUUGAGUGAAACACUUGAAAAUGAGCAGUUUUGCACUGUGCCUGUCAUUAACAUAAAGAGGGCAGAGCUAUACUCUCAUGCUGAACUCAAAUGGUUGCUGGAUUCAUGUCAGAUUGAUCAGUCUUCCUUGAUUUUCAUAGAUGAGAUCGACUUGUCUUAUUUUGAUCUUUUUGGGAGUCUUAAGCUAGUUCUACUAAAUGGUCACAAGCUCCCAACCAAGCAGGAGGCAUUAAAAGAGGCAGUAACUGAAAUAUUCAAUUGCAGAAUGGAGGAACCUUCAUAUCCAUGGGUCGAGAUUGUCACUGUGGGGGAGGAUUGCUCAUGCUGUACCAUGGUUGCAGAAAAGUUUGCACAGAAUUCACCAGAGAUUUUAGUUGGGAAAGGAUUUAGUAGGCUUUUGUUAGCUGGCAUCCUUCUGGAUACUGGAAACCUAACCAGCCCACACUGUAAAUCAAAAGAUAAGUACAUGGCUACGUUGUUGAUCAAUGGUGCUGGUCGCUUUGGAUGCAAUGGUUUGCACCAGAUACUGAAAUACAAAAUGUAUGAUGUUGCUGAUCUCAAAGUGGGUGACAUAUUGCGCAAAGACUUCAAGAAGUGGACAACAGGAGGUAAACCAGAAACUGCUGGUUCACGAUUUGCAGCAUCACAUAUGGGAAUGAGUUCUAUUGGAACUUCAAUUAAGCAGCUUCUCACUCAUGAGGAUACUUCAAGACGAGAAAUCAAAUAUUUGCAACAGUUCGAGAGACUUCAGCUGCUCGUUAUUGUCUCAGGAUAUUAUGAUCUACUGAAGAAAUUCAAGAGAGAGAUACUGAUAUCUGCUGAAUCUGUUGAGCUUAUGGACAACCUGCUGUUCUUCUUCAGCGCCCAUGCCUCCCAACUGCCACUCAAAGCUAUUUAUGAAUUGGGUCUUAAAAAUGAGAUGAGAGCAUUUGAGAUUAACAAGGUCACAUCAAGAAAGACCAUUGAACACCUCUUAGAAAAAUUUGCUGGGGCUACAUCAACAAGUUAUGCAGGUUCAUCAUGACCGGGAAUGAACAAUGACAAAAUAAAUCUCUUCUGCCCAUUUUUUGAGGUCUUUGUAUGAUUAUCCUUUUAUUUUCUUUGGUUGUUCUAAUAAUACUUUGAUUUAUAUGUUUCAAUCUAUCUAAUAUGCUACUUUAAAGUUGUUUAGCUUA